UCUCAAGACUUCCUGGCUUACAUGUACUCACUUCGUCGCCUGCGCUAUUUGCAAUCUGCCGGCAUCGCAUCGUCGCACUUGCACUUCCCCAACGUUCACCCGAGCAACAAAAGAGAAAACCAGCGAGGAAAUCUGAAGGCACAAGAAACAUUCAUGAAUCAAAAUCUCAUAAUUUUCACUUUUGCUCCAACAGCACAACCUCCUCAGCAACACCUUCUUCCGCUAACCCACCUCCACCUCCACCACAACCAUGAGCUACACAAUGCCCAGCCACUCCUAUGCCGCCAGCGACCUUGCUGAAAAGGAUCCCCUUGACAGUGUUACCACCAUGACCGCCGAUUUGGAUGACGAUGAGUGGAACCUGGAUAUCUCCGACCUCCUGAACGACGACCGAGUCCGCACUCCCUUUGGCCGCUCUACCUCCUUUGACCAAGAAAGACGCAUCGAUGUUCUCAUUGAAGGCGAAGGCUCCACCAGCGGCUCCACCACCAAGUCAAGGCGAAAGGCUCCCAGACGGUCCGUCUCCUUUGGCAAGGUAGAAGUGCGUGCGUUUGAACGCAUCUUGGCCUCCAAUCCUCCUACUUGCACGCAUGGCGUUUCCUUGGGCCUUGGAUGGAACUACAUUGAGAAAAAGGCUGUCGACGUUGACAAGUUCGAAAGCAAGGGCAAGAUCUUCCCAUGGGGCGGCAGCAAACGCAGCAACAAGGAGUUGCUCAUGUCCCCUGAAAAGCGAGAAAAGACAGCCAAGAAGCUGGGAUUCACUCCAAGCGAAAUUCAGGCCAAUGCCAAGCUCAUGGACAAGGUCAACAGACAGCGAAAAAAGACUGUCAACGCCUUCUUGGAAGAACAGUACGAAGAAAUGUUCAUUAAGGAAAGAGCCCGACAAGCAGCCCAGAUGGGCGUGAUCUCAUCAUAGACUCACUCACUCUCUGGGGGAUGCCGGUUGAUCAAGCUACCUACUAGAUGUACAAUAUAAAUUUUAGAAAACUUCCUUCAU